AAGAUGAGAGGAGAAUUCAAAGUAGAGGAACAACAGAAUAAUGAAGAAGGUGAUGAUGAUCAAACCUCCUCAGAGUCUCUGGCUUCUGUCAGUAAUGCUGGAGAACAGCAGAUGCUGCAGACAACAGUGAAGAUUGAAGUGAAGCAGGAGGAGAUAAAAGAAGAAAACACAGCAGAAGAACAACAGGGAGAUGAAAAUGAUUAUAUUUCUUCAGAGAUGAUGGAAGUGAAAGACAAAUGUCAAGAGCUGAAUGAAGUGGAGGACAAACUUCAGUGUCAGAAACAUCAUGAUUUCACUACUGGAGACUACUCAAAGACUAAGAAGAAUUUAUCACCAGAAAAGCAUAAAAGAAGAGCAGCCAAAAAUACUUUCACAUGCUCACAGUGUGGAAAGAUUUUCACAAAUAAAAGCCGGCUUAAUAAACACAGGAAAGUUCAUAUUGGAGAGAAACCUUACACGUGCCAUCAGUGUGGGAAAUGUUUCGCAUAUACGGUUUGUCUCAAAGGUCAUCUCCGCUGUCACUCUGGAGAGAGACCAUUUGAAUGUGAACAGUGUGGUAAAACAUUUGUUUUGAAUUCAAGCCUAAGAAAACAUAUGAAAACUCACACAGAUGAGAAGCCUUACAAGUGUUCUUUUUGUGGAAACUGUUUUGCACACCUGUCCUAUUUGAAAACGCACCAGAAAAUACAUACCGGUGUGGGGGUUCAUAUGUGCUUUGAAUGUGGUAAGACCUUUAUUACAGCUGGCAGUGUGAAACAGCACCAAAGAAUUCAUGCUGGACAAAAACCUUACAAGUGCUCACACUGUGGAAAGAGUUUCACUCACUUACAACACCUGGAAACACACGAGAGAAUUCAUACUGGACAAAAACCUUACAAGUGUUCACACUGUGAAAAGAGUUUCACACAGUCACAACACCUGAAAACACAUGAGAGAAUUCAUACUGGAGAAAAACCUUACAAGUGCUCACACUGUGAAAAGAGUUUCACUCACUCACAUAACCUGGAAACUCACGAGAGAAUCCAUACUGGAGAAAAACCUUACAAGUGCUCACACUGUGAAAAGAGUUUCACUCACUCACAUAACCUGAAAACACACGAGAGAAUUCAUACUGGAGAAAAACCUUACAAGUGCUCACACUGUGAAAAGCGUUUCACUCAGUCACAUCACCUGAAAAUACAUGAGAGAAUCCAUACUGGAGAAAAACCUUACAAGUGCUCGCACUGUAAGAAGAGUUUCACUCAUUCACAGAACCUGAGAAAACACGAGAGAAUUCAUGCUGGAGAAAAACCUUACAAGUGCUCACACUGUGAAAAGAGUUUCACUCAGUCACAUCACCUAAAAACACAUGAGAGAAUUCAUACUGGAGAAAAACAUUAAAGCGCUCACACUGUGAAAAGAGUUUCACUCAGUCCUAAGACCUGGAAAUACAAUGGAGAAAAACCUUACAAGUGCUCACACUGUGAAAAGAGUUUCACUCACUCACAAAACCUGAAAAAGCAUGAGAAAAUCCAUACUGGAGAGAAAUCAUACCACUGCUCUUCAUGUUGGAAAAGUUUCAGGGCAGCACGUAAUCUACAUAGACAUGUAAAAAGAAUUGCCCAAGUAGCAAAUAUCAUCUUCAGGUCCAACAAGAUUAAGUAAAUGGUUGGAAAGAUGAACCCAAAGAUGGAAUUUUUCUAGUGAUAUUUUGUUUGUAAACGAAUCAGUCUUUUUAAACCAAUCUUUUAAGUGAACUAAUCAUUCUUGUUUACCUCAAAACACUGACUUGGACUUCAUGGUCAUUGACUUCACUCCCUUUUGAAGCCAAUGAGCUCUAGUUUGAUGCACGAGAAUGGUUUGGUGAUUUUUCAUACCUGUAAAGACUGACUAUAUUGCAAGCAAAUAGGAUUCGAGUGCGGGAGCAAUUAUUGGUUUCAUCAGCUGAACGAAUACACCACUGAAUCAGUUGUGUCGGUUGUUUGAGUCUGAUUGAAAUACAGUAUGUAUUCUUUGUAUUGAACCAAGUCAGUGUGUGACAUUUUGAUCUUCUAUUGGUCACACAUCCUCUCAUCAUGCUGAUUCUCAGCUCAGAGUUUACCAAACAUAAACUUUCGAUACGUAGCGUAGUAUGAAAUUUCUUCGAUGAGGUGUGCCAUUAUUGAUUGAGUACAUGUAAAAUCAGUGUUCAAAAUGAUAAAUUUGCCUUACCCAGAUUUGUUUCGGGAUACUUAAGUGUAACCCCUGUUCCCUGAAAAAGCAGAACGAGAUGCUGCGCUGAUUUAGCGCUUUGGGAACAUAUUUAGGAGUGACCAGCUGUGAAUAUGUGUGCAACACGUCAAUUAAAUUUACUACAAUUUAUAGCCUAUUGUCUGCUUGGUGGGGCCGCUCCCUUGUUACGGCCCCCAUGACAAACGUAUAGUUGCCCUGACUUACGCCACUGGCUAGUGCGGUGGACAUAAGCCUGAAGGGCAAGGACUGGACACAGCCGUGAAGUCUUUCCUGAUCCGGCAUUGUAAACGGCGGAGAACAGAAGGCUUCAAGAGUGACCGAAUGUACGGCCGAGAAAGGAAGCUUAGGCAGGUAGUCAGGAUGAGGGUGCAAUAUUGCUUUAGCAAUUCCUGGGGCAAAAUCUAAGCAGGAUGGCAAGACAGACAGAGCCUGCAAAUCCCCAAUUCUUUUUAGAGAAGUAAUCGCCAUAAGAAAAACCAUCUUGAGAGUCAGAAGUUUAUCAGACGCUAACUCUAGAGGUUCAAAGGGGGUCUCAACUAGACCUUCAAGGACUAUUGCUAAGUCCCAUGAAGAGAUCCUGGUCCUAGCAGGAGGUCUUAAUCGCAUGGCUCCUCGAAUGUAGCGAGCGUGCAGAAGAUUUUUCCCCAAUGGCAUCCCGUCAGUCAAGGCACGGCAAGCUGUCAGAGCGGCCACAUAAACCCUGAGAGUGGCGGGGCAUGUGCCUGCUGAUAAUUUUUCCUGCAGAAAGUCCAGAACUGAAGCAAUCUGUCAGUUAACUGGAUCUGCGUUAUGUGCACUGCACCAUUUUUCAAAGACACCCCAUUUAUUGGCAUAACUUCAAGUAGAGGAAGCCCUAGCAUUUAGAAUGGUCUCGAUAACUUCAGGUGAAAGCCCAGUGUCCCUCAGUUGGUACCCUUGAGGUGCCAAACAUGAAGGUUCCACAACUCGGCUGGGGAUUAAAUAUUGUCCCCUGCGCCUGAGACAGAAGAUCCCUCCUGUCCGUAAUCGCCCAAGGCGAACCGUGGAGGAGAGACAUUAUCUCCGAGAACCAUACCCUGUUCGGCCAACGCGGCGCAUUAGUAAGAGGCAGGACCCUUGCUGGCGAACUCUGGCCAAGACUUCCGGGAGCAGAGAAACCGGAGGAAACACAUACAGGCGCAUUCUGGCCCAUGUAUUUCCCAUCGUGUCCAGACCCAGGGGGGCUGGGCGACUCAGAGAGAAGUAGAGGGGACAUUGCGCUGUUUGUUGGGAGGCGAAGAGGUCCACUUCUGCUCUGUAAAAUCUCAACCAGAUUUGUUCCACUACCUCGGGGUGGAGUUUCCACUCCCCCGCCGGUAUUUUCUGUCUGGACAGUAAAUCUGCUCCCACAUUCAGGCAUACAGGGAUAUAAACUGCUCUGAUUGACAGGAGCUUGCCCUGGGCCCAAAGGAGAAUCUGCCGUGCCAGUCUGUUCAGCUGGUGUGACCGUAGACCUCCUUGAUGGUUUAUUUAAGAGACUACCGCUGUGUUGUCCACCCGCACCAAGACAUGGCAGCCUCUCAGAUACUGGAGGAAGUACUUCAGGGCCAGAAAUACAGCCAUCAACUCAAGACAGUUGAUGUGCCAAUCGAGCUGACGACCCUCCCAUUCCCCUUGAGCUGGACGAUCACUUAAGACCGCUCCCCAGCCCGUCAGGGAGGCGUCUGUCAUUAGUAGCUUGCUACUGAAAGACGCACCUAACAAGGGACCCAAAGUGAGGAACUGGGGUCUGAACCACAUAGAAAGGGUACGUAGCGUGCCGCGCGUAAACCUUAUCCGCCUUAGGGGACUGGCCCUUGGAUGAAAUCCCCUGACUUUGAGCCACAACUGAAACGGUCUCAUGUGCAAAAGGCCCAAAGGGAUCACAGAGGAUGCAGAUACCAUGAGACCUAUUAUUCGUUGAUACUGACGAACAGUGCAACCUUGUCCUAGCCUGACUUUGCUCAGGGUGUUUUGAAUGGACUCGAUUCAAGCGGGAGUAGUGUUGUCAAAAGUACCGACUUCGGUACCAAGUCGGUAAUGAAAUGUAAAAAAUUUGAUGCUUUGAGCGCUGUUGAUCGGAAUCGUAAACACCUCUGAUUGGCCAUUGUGUUCACGCGCUCAUCAGAUAUGUCUGUGAUUGGCUACAAUGAUCAACGCACGGGAGUGUUUGAGAGUACACGGAAGUGUUUGCAAGUUUUUUUUUAAACGGGAGUGGGAGCUUUUGAAAGCACAAGCAGCCGUCUAUCAGCGGACCGGUCCUGCUUUCAAACGCUCCCGUGUAUAUCUGUGCAAGCGCUCGGUGAAGAGCGUCAUUGAUGUAUAUUUACAACAUGUUUUUGAAGCGCUGAUCAUUUUAGCCAAUCUCUGAGUAAUUUUUUCUAUAAAUUCUAGUCAAUUUCAUUGAUGUGUUGCACACAUAUUCACAGCUGGUCACUCCUAAAGACGUUCCCAAAGCGCUAAAUCAGCGCAGCAUCAAAGUGUAGCUUUUGAUAGGGAACACUACAGUAAGCCUACAAAAAGUUUUAUUUUAUGGGGUGGCUGUGGCUCAGGUGAUAGUGCAGGUUGUUCACUAAUCGCUGGGUUGGUGGUUCGAUUCCCAGCCCACACGACACCACAUGCCGAAGUGUCCUUGGUCAAGAAACUGAACCCCAAGUUGCUCCCAAUGGCAGGCUAGUGCCUUGCAUGGCAGCUCUGCCGUCAUUGGUGUGUGAGUGUGUGUGCGAAUGGGUGAAUGAGACGCAGUGUAAAGCGCUUUGAAUACCGUUAAAGUUAAAAAGGUGCUAUAUAAGUGCAGUUUUGCUGUCGGGUCGGAUUUGGAAUGAAAUCGUUGGCUUAUGUCAGUCAUCCUUGCGUCUUAACGUCAUAUCCGUCAACCCAGAAAGGAAGUACAGGUUGUCACGUGUUCUGGCGGGGAAAGUGAUGCUGUUCAGUCACAGUUAAGGACAGGAUCCCAGGUGGGGUGUUAAUCUGUUAACUGUUUUGCAUAGUUUAUUACUUGCUAAAAUGCUUGGAUGUAUUUUCUGGUAGGGCGUUUGAAGUUUAUAUUGCUUUUCAUGCUUUUAUAAAUUGAACAUUACUCAUGUGUUUACUGCUUCUGAUGUAUCUACAUUUACCAGGGAAAAUUCCUGUAACCUGUUUACUGACAUUCAUGGCUCCUGAUAAUUUUAUAAUAUUGGUGUUGUUUUGAGGUUACUUACGUAUGUGUGUGCCACUGUUUUCUCAUUUAAUUUACCCCAGUCACAUAAAUGCUCAAGUUAACAAUUUCCUUUGUCCUUUUAGCAGAUAGUUUGUUAAAAAGCCACUAAAAGUUAAGUUUAAACAUGGUUGUUCCCCAUGAAAUGUAUAAAAAUCUCAAGUUGUAUAUAAUGUACCAAUUUUAUAGCAUAGCAAUGUACAUAUUCAUUUGUUUAGUGUUACCAUGAAACUAUUAUAUUGCGCAUUUCUGCAUAUUAUUUUAAUGUUUAAUUAAGUAUAUUUCGUCCCCAUCAUUAUUGAAUCCUCAUUUUAUGUUAGUUUUUAGUUUUAUUGUGUGCAGUGCAUAGAUGUACUAUUGUAGUAUUAUGGUUCACUUGCAUUAUUGUCUGAUGAU